AUGGUGCUUGUGAAGAAUCCGUCGCCUUCCCGAGGCGAGAGUCUUCAAAAAGAAAAUGCAAAGAGGGAUAAGGGGAAGAGUCGCGUGUCACGCGGCAAUAGCCCUCCGGGGAAGAGCACUUCCAGAGGGAAUAGUCCAGGAAGGAGCAGUUCUGGUGUCAAAGUAAUUGGGAAGAGUAGCUUGCUGCAGUCUCGCGGAAACGAGACUGGCAGCAUCGAGAGGCUGGUCGAUGGAGACAAGAGAGUGAUCGCCACUAAACAUUUACUUCCAGAGAAUAACAUAAAUGUAGUCGUCAGAGUACGCCCGCUUAGCGGUAGAGAAGUUAAAGCCGGCGACAAUAUGGCCGUGCAAUUUCCUGGGGACGGUCAGAUAUACUGCGAAGGAACUCCGGCUGGCGGGGACAAGAAAGGCAAAUUAUUUUCGUACAACGUGGUGUUCGAGCCCACGGCCACUCAGGAGGACAUCUUACAAUUCUCUGGCGUGAAGAAGCUCAUCGAAAUGGCGGUGGAAGGGUUCAGUUGCACCGCUUUCUGCUACGGACAAACCGGAAGUGGAAAGACUCAUACACUUACUGGACCUCCUGGGAUGUUUGAAAGCAUGAGUCCCUACUCCGAGGAGCACGGCCUGGUCUUCCGGUCUUUCGUCUACCUGUUCAAAUUGCUGCAAGAGCGAGAAGAAUGUAACUUCGUACUGAAAGCUUCCUUUCUGGAGAUCUACAACGAGAAGGUAAUAGAUCUGUUAAAUCCUGGAACGUCGAGGAAACCCUUAAUGGUACGAUGGAGCAAAAAGACCCGAGGUUUCUUCGUGGAGAAUCUUUUCACCGUCGAAUGCGUGGAGCUUGACGACCUUUUGGCUGUUCUCGAGGAAGGGAUGAGAAAUAGAUCUGUCGGCUCGCACAACAUGAACGAUCACUCGAGCAGAAGUCACAGUAUCCUCACGGUGAACAUCACCUUUGAGCAACAGAUGGAUAACAGCGUGUUCAUCUCGAGACAAGGGAAGAUUAAUUUCGUCGACCUGGCUGGCAGCGAGAUGACGAAGAAAACACAGAGCGAGGGGAAAACUCUGGAGGAAGCGAACAACAUCAACAAAAGCCUGAUGGUUUUAGGUUACUGCAUAUCUUCGUUGAGCGAUGGAAAACGCAAAGGUGGUCAUAUUCCGUACCGGGACAGCAAACUGACCAAGCUUCUGGCAGACAGUUUGGCUGGAAACGGUGUUACCUUGAUGAUUGCCUGCGUGUCAGCAGCUAGGUCAAACGCAAGUGAAACACUGAACACGCUGAGGUACGCAGCUAGGGUGAAGAAGAUUCGAACAAAACCUAUCGUGGUAAUGGAUGCUCGAGAUGCACUGAUUCUUAGCUUGAAGAGAGAAGUGGGAGCUCUUCAGACGGAAAACGAACACCUGAGGACGGCUCUUCAUCUGGGUGGCGACGUUUCGAAUAUAGUUCGCAGCGAGUCGAAAGCUGAGAGAAAAGCACCAUUGACGCCUCCGGUGGUAGAUCUGGAUAAAUUAUCGGAAAUGGAACGUCCUGAAUUAAGUCAGCUGAUCCACGCGUAUAUAACAGAGAACGAGGCUCUUCGUCGUGAGAAUGCAGAAUUGUACGCUACCAGGGAGCAAGUGAUAAGAGAUCAAGAGCUAGUCUGUAGGGAGAAUGAAAGAUUGCUGAAGAAACUGGAGGACGUAAAUUCAGUGUGUUGUCGAUCACCUAUAAUACCUGCCAGGCCCACCUAUUCGGCGGAAGUGAACGACAACAACAACGAGGACGCACCUGGAGCGACCAACGUCUGGACCAACCCUAACGUGGAACCAACUCCUCUCUCGAGCGAUAUGAUCAGACAUGGACUCUACAGAUCAACCACCAGUAUGCCAGAGAAGAUACAGAAGGAGCUAGACAAACGUAGAAUCGUGGGAAGUUACAACAACAUAGCAGAAGCGUACAAAGACAAGAGUCAUCAUCGUCGACACAAUUCCUGGGACAAUGGAAAUGGCACGACGAGAAUGAGUCCAGAUCAGACGACGUCACCGACAGACGGCAAUCAGUACAAGAAGGCGAACACGCGCCGUACCUCAACAGUCCCUGAAGAGAGGAGACCCUCAGAGACGAACGAUCUCCUAGGUGAACCGGUUCAACCGUCUGAUCACUCGUACAACGAAUCCCCAGACUCGAUUCUCAGCGGCCCUCUAGAUAUGGUGAACUCUGCACCGGGCACAGCAGAGUCCGAAGCGCCAACCGCUCCUUUUCCAGCAUUGUCACAGUCCUCUUCGCCGUUUGGCACUCCAGAACCUGAGGACACGGUUUACGUAGCAAGAACGCCGAGAAAAUCGAAGGAAAGAGAAGAGGAGACGACGCAACGAGCGUUCGGAAGUCCCAUACCAACCGACGAGGAUAAACCACUUUGA